AUGAAAACUAAAGAAAUAAGGAAAAGAGAGGAUAUUUUAAUAAAGCUUAAAAUCAAGUAUACUAAUAUCGAAGAAUUAAAUAAUCAAGUAUUUGAAGAAUUUUUUUUUAAUAAAUUAAAAGAAUUUUGUUUUUCAACUCGUAAUUAUGAAUUGUGUCCAACUAUUUAGCAAAUUAUUAAAAGAAAUCCAUUUUAAUAAUAACUAAAUUAUUUUAAAUAGGUGCAUGAUUAAAAAAUUAUUAAAAGAGAAACUAAAAUUCAAUAUUUUUAAGAUAAACUUAUAUAGCUUUUAAAAUCAAAUAGAGUUGUUCCUAAAAUUUUGACUUCUAUUAAAGUAAAAGAUAAUUCAAUUAAAUUAAAAAAUCGCAAUCCUCCUUUACUUGAUGAUAUUCAUAAAGCUUAAGAAAAUGAUGAUUAUAUAGUGGAUGAAGUUAAUUUAGAUAUAUAAGAAAAGAAUUUAGAAGAUUUACCAAUAGAUUAAUUGAUUUUGUUAUCCUUAAAAAAAUUAGAAUAAAACAUUGAAAAAUAUUGUAGUCCAAAUUUUCUUUGUUAUUAAGAAGUUGCAUAAAUUAAAGAUACAUAUCAAAAAAUGGGUAGUAUUGAUUUGAAAUCAAAUAAAAAUUAUGAAGAAAUCUAUAUUAUUUAUGGUAAGUUUGUUAAUAAAUUAAAUUAAAUUGUAACUGGAUUUGAUAAUGAAGACUUCUUUAGAGUAGUUGGACCAUUAAAAAAUAUAAUUUUAAGAAAAAUCGGUAAAAUAGUCUUAUCUGAAUUAGUUAAAAAUUAAAUAGCUUUGCCAAAAAUAUUAACUCAAAUUUCAUUACUACAUGCUAAUGAAUAAAGUAAUUUUGGUUAAAAAAGAGCAUUUGAAUUAAGAUUUACUCAUGAUUUUUUAGAUUAAAUAUUAACAAUGCCUGAAGUUAAAGAUUUUAUAGAGAUUUUUAAUUUCCCUUAUUUGCAGAGAUGUACAACUUGGAGAGCAAUUAAAAAUUAUUACUUUUAAAUAAUAGCUACUAAUUUUAAAGAAUAAGAAAAUUAAACUGAAAAUGAAAUAUUAUCAUUUUAACUUUAAGAAAUUUAUGAAAAUAUAAAUAUUCACUCUGAAGAACUCAAAAAACUAUCUAGAUUUGGUACAGUAGCUAAAAUGUUUACACAAGUUGAAUAAAGAUUAAAUUAUUUAUUAGAUAAAAAAGUAAUUAUAGAUGAUUGUGAUGAUGAAACUAAAGAAUUUUUACUUAUUGCAUAUCAAUUAUUAAAAAUUAAAACAGCAAUAAAUGCAAAAUUAAAUAAAUAAAAUGGAGAUAUAAUAUUAGAUGAACCAAUAAAAAAGAAAAAACCAUAUCAAAAAAGAGAAAUCAAAGAUAAAAAAGAUUUAGAUAAAAUCAAUUAAAAAUAUAGAACUAUGACAUUAAUGCUUGCUAAUCAAAGAAGAAAGAUCUCAUAUUUAUUAAAAUACUUUAUACAAUCUUUGAAUGCUGGAAAUUAACCAUUUCCUUUUAUCUUAGGAAUAAUGGAAUGGAAAAGGUUCAAUAUUAGAGCAACAAUUAAUUAAUAAUCAUUAGACUUUUUAGUAACAGAUGCUGUAUUUAUGAAAUUUAUGCAUGAUGAAUACAAAAUUGAUAUAAGUUCUGGAACAAGUUAAGAAAGAAUUGAUAAAAUAAUAAAUGAACCUUAUUCAGAAUAUGUUAAGAAAUCUGAUUCUUAGACUUUGAAUAGUUGGACUUAGUUAUUAGCAAAGUAAGCACGUUUAGUGAAUGAAUAAAAAGAAUUAAUUAGUUUGUAAAUAAGAAAAAUUCUUAAUACUAAUAAUUUUAAUAAGGAAGUAGAUAAUCUUGUUUAAUCAGGAUAAACUAGUACAAUUUAUACAUAAUUAAUUUCAGAUUUAAUUAAAAUAAGAGAAUUUGUAAAUCAAUUAUAUUGA